AUGCUUUCGCGUGUGGACUGUGGAGGCGGGCAGUUCCUGGAAAUCCGCCAUCGGUCUAUUACAGUCGAGCCAGCGGACUCGAGACUCUUCAGAUGUAUGGGAGCUGCUCUAUGGCCGUCAAGCCUUGCAUGCGUCAGGGAGAUCUCGAGGAACGAAAGCAUGAGGAAGGCUGCUGUAGCAGGAGGCAGCCUCCUUGAGCUGGGAUCAGGACAUGGUCUGGGUGGCAUAGCAUCUUGCCUCCUCGGCUCCUGGACAUCAGACGAGAGACUGUUGCGUCAGAUCGAGCACAACUGCCGCCUGAACAGAGACAAGCUGAACCACUGCAAAGACAAUCUCUUCGUCGCUCAUCUCGUCUGGAAGCACGACGUUCACACCUGCCCUCCUCGCACCCGUCGGCUCACGUUCCUGCAGGAGGGGGUCAAGAGGCUGAGAGACUGCGGUCAUCAGGAGGGGUGCACUUACUCCAAGCCUGUCACGGAUGCGCUACUGGAUACUAUCAAAGAGCUUCUUGCAAGGGGUGGAGUUGCCGUUCUCAUACACGCGACCAAGAACGGGUGUCCGUUCUACUCGGGCUGGGGGAUCAAAGAGAUCAAGAGGAAUCACAAACCUGCUGGGUUCUGGAAGGGGAGCAGAGGGACGGAUCAUCUCACUACUGAAGAGCUUGUAGAGCUCGCUGAGGCCUCGGGGUUCCGAGCUGACAUCCUGGGAAUGCACUCAGAUCUCCUCGAUCGAGGGAUGGAAGAGAUCGAUAUAUCUCAUGUUAAGUCAACCUUACCAGGUAUACAAGUGGUGGAAUUACGGCACUUGUAA